AUUGUACGGUGGCACAUGUGGUGGACGGAGUUCGACUGGAUCGAAGCAGCAGUUUCAAGAAGACCGAGUGACAGGAAGCUCCACCCUGCGUAUCCUGGAGGAGGAAAUACAACUCCGCAGUGUUCUUUCAGCAAGGCGGUACAGCGAGGAAGUACAUACUCAGUAUUGAAGUGCAGCUCGUAUGUCGCAGUCUCUGUUAAUCAAAUACCCUUCACUGUGGUCAGAUUUAUAGGAUUGUGUUGAGCAGCAUAUAAACAGCGUUAGGCAAGUCAUGUCUGACAACCUACGACUCAUAACGGAGCAUUCUACUGAUGUAGAGAAAGAUGGGAUGAAUCUGGACAUCGACCACCUCCAGAGUGCUGCAGAGGCAAGACUGACGCAGCCUGACAUACAGUCAGGUGAUAUUGUGGUGAAUCUCCAGGAUUGCAGAGACGGCAUCACCACGUCAACUGAUAACCUAGCUGGGCCUCUUGAAACUUUUGCAGCUAUUGAAACCAAUAUGGAAAGUUUAACAUCAGGUGGUAUGCCCGCUGCUGAACAUGCUGCUGGUAUCAGUGACAUGGAUGGCACAGAGGACACAGGACAUAGGCCUUGCAUCAGCAGCAGCAGGCUUAGUGUGUCGUCUGUAAUCAGGGCACCUGAUACAAAUAAAUAUUCAGGAUGGUUCCAGUGCUCAGACUGUGGACAGAAGGUCAAGGGGAAGGCAAAGUUGAGGUCUCAUGUGAUGCUCCUCCACAAUGGAAGCAAGGGUUCCUCAGUGACUCAGACAGUGUUGCAGAGAAAGACAUCUUGGCUCAAGUGUGGAGUGUGUGGAGAAAGAGUCAGGGGAAAGAAAAAUCUCAGCUUGCAUGGCUUCUUCGCCCACAAAGGACAGACAAGAAUAAAGAACAUUGUUAAGAAAAUGAGACUUUGUUCAUCGAUAAAUUCUGCUCAUAGCACCGUGGUGACAGAUUCCACAAGUCAUUGUAAUAAUUCUGUUACAAAGUCCAAGACAGAUUUUAAACACCUCAGACUUGGACCUUGGUUCAAGUGUCGGAGCUGUGAGCAUAUUUUCAAAGGAAGGUCACAGCUACAGGAGCAUGUUCGACUGAAACACCAAGAUUUGAAUCCAACUCAUGAGGUCCUGCCAAGCAUCCCCAAGGUUACACACUGUCCCAAAUCAGAUCAAAGUCAAGGAUCGGUGGACAGGAAAUUGAUGGAUGAUGCUGUGCCUGAACUUGUCCCAGAAUGCCCAGUUGAAAAUCGGAAUGUUGAGUCAGGUCUCGGCUUCAGUGAGCAGGAAUUGUUACGUAAAAAGCAUAGAAUUUGGUGUCAAUGUGACCUGUGUGGAAUCAAAGUGAAAGGGAGAAAGAGACUACAAAGACAUCUUAGUGAAUGUAAAUGUCGACAACAGAGUUUGCGAACUGAUCUUGGUGCAUCUGAGGCUUCUUGUACCGUGAAGCAUUGUUCGUGGUUCAAGUGUAAACAUUGUUGCGGUAACUUCAGAGGAAGAAAGACGUUUAUGCAACAUACACUCCUGUGUAUGAAAGCACUGGAAAAAAGCACAGCAUUGUGGCACAAGCUCUCCCACUGGAAACAGUGUGCCUGGUACAAAUGUACCGGAUGUCGGCUCUCAUUCAAAGGGAAGGAGAGAAUCAGACUGCACGCCUAUGAAUGUCUCACUCAGACUCAGACGGCCUGUCCCAGCAUUGAGACUGGUAGCCAGACUUUUGAAAAGAGAAGGUCAAAACAUAGCUGCAAAUGGUGUCACAAAGAGUAUCAACGAAGGAUAUUUUUAGAGAAACAUAUGAGUAAUUGUAAAGGGAGAUUACAGGAGGGAAAUCUUUCUGAGCUUCAAGAGAGUGUUGAAGAUGUACGGAGCAGGAAACACAGACUACGACAAGAGCAGGGUGAAGGAUGUCAGGUAGAGGAUGGUAGUGUUCCUGAUGGACAGGAUGAAUCGAAGGAUGAAUCGAGGUCACUCUCAGAUCGUCAGGCAUGCGAUAAAACAGAUGUGGAUAUUGAUGUCGCAAGUCAACAGACCUUGGUCUUUCUGCAAGAUGGUUCAUGGUACAAGUGUGAAAUCUGUGGCCAGAACUUGCGAGGGAAGGAACAGAUGAAGAGACAUUCACAUGAUCAGAAGAGUAAGAAAACUGAAAAUGAAAAAGUGGAAUCUGAAUUCCUUAGAGUUGGAACUUGGCACAAGUGUAAAGUGUGUGGGAAGAAAGUGCGAGGGAAAAAACAGCUGAAGAAUCAUUCACAUGAUCAGAAGAUUGUGAAGCCUGAAGACAAACAACAGGAAGUUCUUGAUAUCCCUUGUUUGGAAUCUGAAUUCCUACAAGUUGGUACUUGGCACAGGUGUAAAAUCUGUGGGAAAAACAUGCGAAGCAAAGAACAGGUGCAGAAUCAUUCACAUGAUCAGAAGAUUGUUAAAACUGGAGAUGAAAAACCAGAAUGUCCUAGCGCUAGUCCACCAUGUUUGGAAUCCAAUUUCCUACAAGUUGGAGUUUGGUACAGCUGUAAAGGCUGUGGCAAGAAGUUACAAGGCAGAAAGCAAAUGCAGGCACAUUCACAUUCACAGCUAAUUGACAAGAAGGUUCUGGGGGACAGGUUGGACAGUGACAUUCAGAAAGCUCCUGUGUCUUUGGAAGCUGACUUUGUUCAAACUGGUAGUUGGUACAAGUGUAGAUCAUGCCUUGUGCGGUUCAGAGGCAGACACAAUGCAGAGGUGCAUCAUCAUUACAAGAGCAGCCUAGGAGAUGGUAGAGAGGGCCACAAGGAGGUGCUUCCAGAACAUCAGCCAGAACUUAACCAGCAUUGCGGUGUUUCACAAGGACAGGAGGUCGUUUCAUAUCAUGAUGUACAACCAGCCAGUCACGAGGCUGGGCAGGACAUGCACCAAUCAGAAAGUGAUGUGCAAAGAAAUGGAGAAACUGUGCAGUAUGUGAACCAGACAGAGUCAUCAACUGUCCCUGAUAACUUGUAUGUACGGGACUACAUUAUUAAGGCUGGGAAGAAUUGGGAGUGUAGGAUUUGUUCAAAGAUGAUAAGGUCCUGGGUUGGUUCUUUCAAGCAUGUGAGGAGCCAUUUCACACGGACUACACUAGUUUGCAGCGUUUGUAACAAGUCAUUUUCGUCAUCUUGGAAUCGCAAGAAGCAUGAACAGAAACAUAUCAAAGGAAAUACCUCAUCAGCCCUGAAGAAAUGCAAUCUUAAGAAGUCCUCUCAUUCAGGUUCUCUGCAAAGGAAAAGUAUGGAUCCCUCAACUUUGAAGAAAAGAAACAAACAAAAAUCCUCAAAACCAAUAACAGCUUCUGACUACAGUCCUACAACUAAGGUGCUAAGACCUGGACUUGAGGAAGCUGUUGAUCAUGAAGAUGGGGCUGAGAAUGAGCUAACCAUGAGGAGCUGUGACGUGAACCCAAGUUCCAAAGAAUCUUUGUGGACAUCAUCUGCAGGGAACUCUGCUGCAGGUGCUUAUGUGGCAGAUGCUUACGUGAAAGGGGCUUCUGUGACAAAUGCUUCUGUGACAAAUCCUUCUGUGUCUAAUGCUUCUGUGACAAAUGCUUCAGUGACAAAUGCUUCUGUGACAAAUGCUUCAGUGACAAAUGCAUCUGUGACAAAUGUAUCUGUGGUAGAUGCAUCUGUGGUAGAUGCUUCUGUGACAAAUGCUUCUGUGGCAGAUGCUUCUGUGACAAAUGCUUCUGUAGAAGGUGCUUCUGGUGUAGAUGCUUACAUGAAAGGGGCUCCUGUAGUAGAUGCUUUUGUAACAAAUGUUUCUGUGAAAGGUACUUCUGUGACAGGUGACAAUUUGGAAGGUGCUGCUGAUGUAGAUGCUGUAGAGGGAGCUGAUGAAGAAACACCAACUCUGUCCUGUUAUCGGACAUCAGAAGAUACAUCUGGACCCCUUUGUUCUGACAAACGAGACAAAUGGAACAAGAAAAAAGCUUCAAAAGGAAUGAGGAGAAGAGACAAAACUCUGACAGUCAUGUAUCUAGAUAAUGAUUCCGCCACUGAUGUCUCGUUGGAUCAAAGCUACAAUUCAGAUAAGGAGAUGACCUCAGAACUGUGUAAUACAAGUGAAAAUGAAAGACUAUCAGUUGAGGAUGUUGAGUGUGACGAUUGGAUACUGUUUUCUGAGUAUGAGGAUGAUGGUCCUCAGGAGAAUGUUUGUAUUGAUGAAUUGUUUGAAGAGCAGCAAAAUAAAUCGGUGUCUGAUGGAACAAAGGUUUGUAGUGAUACCGAGUAUCAGAAGUUGUAUCAAGCAUUUUUAGAUAUGUCCUCAGAGAUGAAUGGGGACCCACAAGUACAGAAGAACAACAACCAAGAGCAUAUGGACGUUGUAUCCAUGAAUAGCCUUAACUUGAAUGUUGGCUUGUCUGAUGAAAUUGAUCAUUGCCAUACCAAAACAUUGCUGGAAAGGGCAGACACUCCCUCUCCUGUUGGUGAGGCCAUAGGCUUGAAUGGGUCACAGUUCAAAAAGGAUGCUAUGGUCCAAGACACAGACUUAAUCAUGACUGACAUCUGCAGACACCCAGACAUGGCUUGGAGUGAUGAUGAGAUUCCUCCAACUGAAAACCCUGUAGACAUGAGCAUGGAUUAUGAGACACACAGAAGGAAAGAAGGAACACUGAACAUCUCCAGAAGAAGAAUUUCACAAGAUGGCAACAAGAGGUCCAAAAGGUCACUGAUUCAUUCUGAGAUGUCUGUGUUGCAAGAAAGAUUUGAUUCCAAGGAUUCUGCAAAAGUCAAAAAGAAAAACUUUUCAAACAGUGUACAUGGUAACAAAAUUGCAACAAACACUAAAUGUAAGAUGAAUACAAUUUGUAAACCAAAGAAAUGCUAUGAUAAGUUUAGGUUCCAACUGAUGACAUCAGGAGAUGGUGCGAGAUGGAGGAAACGGAAACAAGUGGCACCAAAGCAAUGUGCAGGUGAAAUGGGUUAUACACAGAUUUCUAAUGAUGGCAGAACUCUGGAAGGUCAUGGUCGCAAGGCCAUUUUGCAAUGUUCAAGAACAAGUUCUGGACAGAUGGUCUUCGGGGAAAUGUCAGCUCCUGUUAUUGAUAGAAAGAAGCCAACUCGGUAUAAGACCGGGAAUGAAUUCUUUCUGCCAGAACAAAAGAUGUUUGCUAAGAGACAAGAAGAGAAAAGACAUUUAAAAGAUGGUUUGGGUGGUGGUGACACUGUGUACGGAGGUGGGCAAGGGAGGUCAGUGAAGGAUUCCUGUAGGCAAGUCUGUGACAGAUCUGCAGACAGAGGUGGGCAAGGGAGGUCAGUGAAGGAUUCCUGUAGGCAAGUCUGUGACAGAUCUGCAGACAGAGGUGGGCGAGAGAGGUCAAUAAGUGUUUCCUGUAGUCAAGUCUGUGACAGAUCUGCAGACAGAGGUGGGCGAGGGAGGUCAGUGAAGGAUUCCUGUAGUCAAGUCUGUGACAGAUCUGCAGACAGAGGUGGGCGAGGGAGGUCAGUGAAGGAUUCCUGUAGGCAAGUCUGUGACAGAUCUGCAGACAGAGGUGGGCAAGGGAGGUCAGUGAAGGAUUCCUGUAGUCAAGUCUGUGACAGAUCUGCAGACAGAGGUGGGCAAGGGAGGUCAGUGAAGGAUUCCUGUAGUCAAGUCUGUGACAGAUCUGCAGACAGAGGUGGGCAAGGGAGGUCAGUGAAGGAUUCCUGUAGUCAAGUCUGUGACAGAUCUGCAGACAAAGAUCAAGAAUCCAGGCAGGGAAGAUUUGUCUGUUCACUCUGUUACAAGGCAUUUGCUUCGGAGACGGUUGCUGUUGAUCAUCUGAAGCAACAUUCACGCCACAGGAAGAACAGAGCGAGAAACAUUCGCAAGAAAACCAUCUUCAAUGUCAUGUUCAAGAAACAUUGCAGAGUUUGUCAGAGAGUAUUUUCGAAUCAAGUAGACCUCAAACGACAUGAACACAGCCAUUCAGUGGAAGACACAGUCGGGAAGUCGAAGGAUGUGAGGUGUGAGGUCUGUGGGGAGGUGUACAGGACACAGCUGCUCCUGGACCAGCACAAGGUCGGCCAUCAGGUGUGGCUGAAGUGCUCUCACUGCAACUUGUACUUCGCCCAGGUCACCGAGCUGCAUCAGCAUUGCAUGGUGGCCAGACACUUUGUGUGUGAAUGUGGGGAGGCAUUUAUCAGUUAUGCUAAGUUGGAUAUGCACAAAUAUGACUGCAUGUACACUAACUAAGAGUUAAUACACUACAGUGAAGCUGUGUUAAUCUGGACGGCUGGGAUCUAUGUAAAAUAAACUAACGUAGUGUACUAGCAAAUUCCUGGCAUGACAAAUCAUUGUCACUUUACUGUCCUUUGUAUGUAUACAUGUAAAGGGUAAUUGUCUGUAAAGCGAGGUUUCUGGAUUGACAAGGUCCAGGCUAACCAGGCUUCACUGUGUAUGAAUACCAAAAUCACUGUUUAAGAGCCCUGCUCUUACAAGCAUCCCUUGAAGAUAAAUUCGCAAGUAAACCUUAUGAUUAAGGUUAAAAAUUUACAUGAUGGUCUGUAUUUUCUGUUAUUAUUGCAGAGUUAUUUGCUGAAAAAGCAUUGUAGAAGGGGUACAUAUUGCCCAGUUACUGUUAUAACAAUCUGAUUAAAAUCAGAUCUUAGUUCUCGCUAUCGCUAAACAAAGAUCUGAGGACAUCCCAUUACGGGUCACAUCAGAAUGACCUUUCAUCCGACCAAUCAAAGUGUUGCUUACCAGAUCA